AUGCGCGCCCGCUUUUAUGUUUGUGAGCCCUGUAGGGUAACCUCUAAAGAUCCCGGUUCCGCACACUACGUAAAACCACUGUAUCUAUCUAUCUAUCUAUCUAUCUAUCAGUUUAUUUCUGUCUAUGUUUUGAUAUCUAUCUAUAAAUCUGUUGGCAUUGGUUUUCCGAACAAUCUAUCUAUCUAUCUAUCUAUCUAUCUAUCUAUCUAUCUAUCUAUCUAUCUUUAUCUAUCUAUCUCUUUUAUUUUAUAUCUGUCUAUCUUUGUAUUUAAUAUCAAUAUUUUUAUAUGUACUUAUAUGUGUAUUUCUACCUCUAUCUAUCUAUCUAUCUAUAUAUAUUUGUAUGUACUUUAUCUAUCUAUCUAUCUAUCUAUCUAUCUUUCUAUCUAUCUAUCUAUCUAUAUAUUUUUUUUAUAUCCAUGUACCUAUCUGUAUUUCUAUCUAUCUAUAUAUAUAUAUGUCGAUCUAUCUAUCUAUCUAUCUAUCUAUCUAUCUAUCUUUAUUUUAUAUGUAUUUAUUUGUAAAUCUGUGUUUAAUCUCUAUCUAUCUAUCUAUCUAUCUAUCUAUCUAUCUAUCUAUCUAUCUAUCUUUAUAUUUUAUCUAUAUCUAUCUAUUUCCUAUACCUUUUAUCUUUCUAUGUAUCUAUAUAUAUUCGUAUCUAUCUAUCUAUCUAUCUAUCUAUCCCUUUUAUACUCCCCCCUUAAGGGCGAAAACGCUCAUGAGCAACGACGUUUCUCUUGUCUCUCUCACCGUUACUCUUUUCUGACAGCUUUCCUUUUCUUUUCAUCCAAUUGUUCAAUAUUGUUUUUUAUUUUCUUUCAGUUGUUAUAUGUUAAAUUAUUCAUGACUUCUUUCUUUAUCAUGUAUUCUCAAAAUUUAACCCUUUCCUUUCUAAGAGCUAAUAUCUGUUUCUUUUAUUUUUUUUAUUCUUCUACAGGCACUACACCGUUGGAGUCAUAUGUUACAGAAUUAGCCUUCACAUUUUCUAUUAUUCAAAUGUAUGAGCAGUUUCAACUUUCAUAA